CAUUCAGCACUUACAGUGAACUUACCCACCCACCGCUUCACGCACACACAUACCCAUCACCCUCACGUAACCCAUUUGACGUUCCUUCUCCACUUUCGAAGCAACAUCUCCGACUCCACCUACCUUUAUAAAAAUUCAUGAUUUCACCGCAAACUAAACAAUCCUUCGGUUCACUCUUCCUCCUUUUCCUCGUGUUGUUGCAGAAGCGAUUCGAAAUGGGCGUGAUCGAAGAAAACCCUAAUAGUUCCAAGCCAAUCGUGAUCCGCGAGGUCUGGGCCUCCAACCUCGAAUCCGAAUUCGAGGUGAUUCGUGAAGUGAUCGAUGAUUACCCUUUCAUCUCAAUGGACACCGAAUUUCCUGGCGUUGUUUUCCGCCCCCACGUGGUGGACCCCACAAAACCCUACCUCUUCCGCCUCCGCCCCUCCGACCACUACCGUUUCCUCAAGUUCAACGUUGACGCCCUAAACCUAAUCCAGGUUGGUAUCACUCUCUCCGACGCCGACGGUAAUCUCCCUCACCUCAAAACCGGUAACCGCUUCAUCUGGGAAUUCAACUUUCGCGACUUCGACAUCGACCGUGACGACUACGCGUCGGACUCCAUCGAUCUCCUCCGCCGCCAGGGGAUCGACUUCCGCCGCAACACGGCGGAAGGCAUCGACUCUAACCUUUUUGCUGAACUGGUGAUGUCUUCGGGACUCGUCUGCAAUGACUCGGUGAGUUGGGUUACGUUUCACAGCGCGUACGAUUUCGGGUACUUGGUUAAGAUCCUGACCCGGCGGAACCUGCCAAACGGGUUGGAAGAGUUCUUGAAGAUGUUGAGGGCGUUUUUCGGGAACAACGUUUAUGACAUCAAGCACAUGAUGCAGUUUUGUGAUACUCUCUAUGGCGGUCUGGACCGGCUCGCGCGAACCCUCAACGUGGACCGGGCCGUUGGGAAGUGCCACCAGGCCGGGUCCGAUAGCCUGCUGACAUGGCACGUGUUUCAGAAAAUGAGGGAUAUUUAUUUCGUGAAGGAUGGACCCCAUAAGCAUGUCGGUGUUUUGUUUGGAUUGGAACUCACUUGUUCUGCCCCUUGAAAAAACUCAUAAUGGGAAAACAGACAAUUGCUAUUAUAUAUACAUAAAUAAAAAUUUCAUUCAUUAUUUGAUGGAUAAAUCACUAA